AUGGCUACAGCUGGCGAUCACAACUCAGUAAGAGGAAACAACAAGAACAGUCCAAUGAACGAGCCCCAGGAAUACCAUUGGACUCAAGCAGCCUUCAACUCCCAACGAACCCCAAUGAUCCUCAAGCUCACCCAGACCGAGCUCGACGCACUACUAACGACCUACCAGAUCAAGGAUAACAUCAGCAACCAUCUCAAUAACCAUUCACUGAGCCUGAACCCCUAUGGGCCACCCCCAACUUCCAGCCAAUCUUCCCCACUCAACUCGCUCAUCAAGACCUCACUCAACAAUCUUGGCGAAUAUGAUGCCCUGGCCCUGCCCCUAACCAAUCCCAGCUGGAGAGCGCGUUGGGAUAGUCUCUGCGUCGACCAGUCUCACUCCAACCCACAACCGCCCUCGGCCAGUCAACCCCCGGAUAACUCUCAAGAUGCUGAAUUCUGGCGGCGAGCGGGCUACUUCUUAUCCUCCGAACUCAACUUUCAUAAUACCAUCGAAGUCGCCAAAUGUAUCUGCUUUGCUUCAGAAUGGCUCGAGUUGGACUCUCCCGUCGAAGGCAUCCGAUUUGACUGUGAACUUGCCAUGAAGCAAGAAGUAAGCUAUGCUACCUAUCUUAGCGCAUCCCACCUCAUCCUACCCCGGAUCAGACAUCGGCGGUUCAUUUCAGAUUAUGGACGGGCGAUCUGUUCAAUCCUGACAGGGCUAUCCAGCUCAGUUGUUCUUUCAAUAGUCGUGCCGAUCCUAGAUACCGAUGAAAAAACCUUCAUGGCGUGGGAGGAUUGGCAUAGUCUACGAAAGCUCUGUGGUUAUCAUCCUCGCUUAAAUAUCACUCUUGAAAUUCCUCAUAUGGGCGCAGCCAUCGAUGUCCCUGCUUUGAUAAAUCGCUGGACUGCCGAGCCAAUAGGAUUUUUGCUAAUUCCUGCCACCAGCUUUAUAUCAAAUGCCAAACAUUAUCCAGUUCUCAGCAAAUCAUGUCAGACGUUUGUGAAAGCGAUGCUUAAAUACAAGCCCAGCGUGAUCUUGUCACAGACUUCAGAGGGGAAACAUUCUUCGGGCGGUUCGUUGGCUUACGCGCAAUAUAUACGCUUUUUGGAGAAAAGAGCCGCCGCCAUUGUUUGUGACCCGAUCGAAAACUUCGCCGCUGGCUACCUAGAUUAUCUACAAGCCCCUCUACAACCUUUGGCUGAUAACUUAGACUCAGUGGUCUAUGAGGGAUUUGAGAAAGAUCCAGUCAAGUAUUCGAAGUAUGAAGAAGCCAUCUUUCGGGCUCUAUGUGACCGACCGGCUGACGCGACACAGGUGCUUGCGGUAUGUGGAGCUGGAAGAGGGCCUCUAGUGGAGGCAGCCUUGCGGGCAGCUCGACGGGCGGAUCGAGUGAUCACAAUAACGGCCAUAGAAAAAAAUCCCAACUCGUACCUCACGCUGCAAGAAAGACUGAGGACGGAGUGGGACCCGGAGGUUGUCCAAGUAUGGUUUGGUGAUAUGCGUGAUUAUCAACCCACCGAUCCGAUCGAUAUCAUCAUCUCUGAGCUGUUGGGCUCGUUCGGAGACAACGAACUCAGUCCAGAGUGUUUAGAUGGAGUGAUUCGCUGGCUAGCAUCCGAUGGAAUUUCCAUCCCAUCUGGUUAUUGUUCUUUUGUUGCCCCUCUUGCGUCCAAUAAAAUCCACUCAAGGGUGCUCGAGCUGGGCAAGUUUGAGACGCCAUAUGUGGUCAUGAUUCAUGCGGCAGAGAUCAUCAGUGCGCAAGGAGGACCGGAUGGAGAAAUGGGGAAGGUCCAAGAGACCUGGUCGUUCGCCCAUCCUCGCACCGAUCUGGUAUUUUCUCACGAUACGGGCGUACCGAUCACUAACUUCCACAAUGCCCGCUCGAGUCAUCUGACGUUUCAUAUCCCUCAACCGAGUGUUUGUCAUGGGCUGGCUGCCUACUUUCGUGCUACUCUUUAUGGCAACGUGACGAUCGAGACGCAUCCGGAAUCUAGAAUGUCAAGGGAGAUGUUAUCGUGGUUUCCGAUGUUCUUUCCUCUCAAGGAACCGAUCUACUGUCCCAAAAACAGUGAAUUGGAUGUUCAUCUCUGGAGGUUGACGGAUCAAGUAGGAAGGAAAGUGUGGUACGAAUGGUCGGUUGAAGCGUAUACGAUCCCUGCGAAGCGGGCGCUGAAAGGACGGCGUCAGGCAGGGAAGAUGAAACCGAGCGGCUCGCCGGCGGCAGGCUCGAGCUCCGGCUCGGCCUCGAAGCGGAUCAAGGUGCCCGAAAACACGGACCCGUCCCUGUUGACGGGCGAAAUGGGCGACUCGAAUCCGAACGAAACUGCGGCGGAGGAUGAAACGAUGGAUGAGGAUAAGGAUCACUUGGACGACGACUUCGACCUUUGUCUCGAUCUUCACUUCGACUCCCGCGUUAAAAUCGCUACUAGCACCCUCCAUAACGUCCUCGGAAAAGAAUCUUCCGUUAAAUGGUAG